AUUGGAGUCCAGGGAGAUAACCGGCUACGCCAUACUGGUGACACCGACGAAGCCUAGAGAAGUAAUCACCAUUCACCGGCAAAUAACACGUGGCAUUUACACUACGAACAUAAAAACUGUCAAGGCGUUAUCUAAGGCGGUGGUCCAAGUGAAACGCGGUAAGCGAUUUUUAUUUAAUUCAAUAAUGUCUGUCGGAAAUGCGCCUGUGGAGGACGAAAAUUUUAACGACGCUCAGGGUCCCGAUGUUGGUGGCGAAGUUUUAAGAGUCGGUAUAAGGCUAACACCAUUCUGGCCCGAGGAGCCUGCACUUUGGUUAACUCAAGUGGAAAGCCAAUUUGUUUUAUCUAGAAUCACGAGCGAUGAGACGAAAUUUUAUUACCUGAUAUCGCAAUUGGACCACCAAUAUGCCACAGAAGUAAAAGAUAUAAUUAUGAAUCCACCUGCAACUGACAAAUAUUCCAAACUUAAAACAGAACUCAUCAAGCGAUUAUCAGCUUCGGCGGAAAAGCGCAUCAAGCAGUUCGUCAUGCACGAAGAAAUUGGCGACAGGAAGCCGUCACAGUUCCUCCGUUACUUAGAAGGACUAGCAGGCCCAUCUGUGACAAAGGAAUUUCUAGCAAACGUUUGGUCACAGAGGCUACCACAAUCAAUCCAAACUGUAAUUGCUUCUCAGGUAAAGUUACCUUUAGAUCAACUUGCGGAGUUGGCUGAUAAAAUUUAUGAUAUUGCCCCGCCUGUGCCACAGGUGUCCAGUACCUCUACGGCAGCACUAGCGCCAUCUUACGAAAGCUUGGCGAAGCAGGUAUGUGAACUUACCCGGCAGGUACCAAAGCUGCACGCCUGGAUAACGGUAAUAUGAAUAAUAAUAAUCGUUCACGUUCGCGCUCUCGCAGGUUUAGUAGGUCGCGCAGCCGAUCCUGACCCAGCAUAC